CGCUCUGAUUGGCUCCGCCUCCUGACCCGGAAGCGCUGCCCCGCGGGGGUCAUUCGGGACAUGGCGGCGCCCACAGCAGCGACCCCAGCGCUGGAACGGUCCCGGUGUCCGGUGCCGACCUCUGACCUCUGACCCGCGGUGACCCCCAUGAGGCUGCCCGCGGCGCGUGCGCUGCUGCGGGGGGCGUGGGGGGUGGUGCAGCCCCCCCGCCCCCUCUCCCACCGCCCCCAGCCCCGUGAGGCUCCAGACCCUUCCCCUCCCCCCCCCGGUGCCGGUGAUGGAGCCGGGGGGGGGGGAGGAGGCCCCGAGGCCUUCGCGCAUGCGCUGAGGGCGCUGGAGCAGCGGCCUGGCCGGCGCGUGGGGCGCCUGGAGCUGGUGGGGGCGGCGCUGGCCGCCAUGUUGGCGCUGGGCGUGGAGCGAGAUCGAGGCUGCUACCAUAGAGUCCUGCGGCUGCUGCCUAGAGGGCCCUGGGUGCCCCGCAGCGCCCUCCAGCGGAUGCUGGCGCCGUUCCCACGGCAGCAGGAGUGCGGACUGCGCGUGCUCGAGCAGAUGGAGGCCUACGGUGUGAUCCCGGACGCAGAGACCAGGUUCCUGCUGCUGGGGGUGUUUGGUCCCCGGAGCCGCCCGGUGCGGAAGUGCCAACGUCUGCUCUAUUGGAUGCCGCGGAUGAGCCGCAUCAACCCCCACCCGCUGCCCACCCCCCUGCCCGCGCCCGGCCUGCAGCGCGCGCGCCUGGGGCUGCAGCGCAUCCAGCCCCACAGCACACUGACCGUGUACCAGCACCCGGUGCCAGAGGAAGGGGAUGGGGAAGGCUCCAUCCAACCCUACAUCAUUGGCUCCCAGACUGAGGACCAGCGCGAGCUCCUGUCCCGGCACAGCCCCUCCCGCCCCGUGUACGUCGAGGGACCCUUCCCACUGUGGCUCCGCAGCUCCCAAGUGCACUAUUACCUGCUGCGGGGGGACCCCCUGCCCCCCAACCUGCGGGAGGAGCCCCUGGACCCCGAGCGCAGCCUCUAUUACCCCCUGGAGCUGGACCUGGACCUGGAGCGAGGCCCAUGGGAUGAUGAUGAGUUUGAUAUUGAUGAAGUGGAGGAAGGUCCCAUCUUCGCCCUGUGCAUGGUGGGCUCCGGUGACCGUCGCACCCUGGGCCGGUGGCUGUCGGGGCUGCAGCAGCAGAACCCGGUGCUGGCUCAGACCCCCGUUAUCUUCCGCAUCAAUGAGGGGGGGGCCCCACAUCCCGGAGCCCCCCCCGCGCUGCUGGAGCCCCCCCCGGAGCCACAUGGGAGCGUCGGGGGGGGCACCGAGAACAGGGGGGAAUAAAGGAGGUGGAACCAUGGA